CGCUAAAAUGUCUCCAGACAUACAGAUGGCUCACCGAUAAGGGUAGCCUUAACUCAAACGGAUGUUUCCACCGGCUUUUUGUCUCUUCUCUCCACGCUGCUAGCUCAGGACUUGAUGGUCUCCCCGCUGCAUACUGUGCUUCCCUCUGUCAUUAUCUCCGUCGUAGAGCACAUCCCUGAUGCCGACACUGCUCACCUCGUCGCCACUAUGUCGGAGCGGCAAGCCUUCUCGCCAACGACACCGUCGUGGCUGGAGAAUUGGAGACUUGUGCUAUCUAUCGGAGACCUUUACGCAAGCUACCGAACCGCGACCAGGCGUGUCAUCAUGCAAGUCCUCCAGUCAGUCUGGUCAUUCGUGAAGGACAUCUCCGUGUAUCGCCGGCCACUUGCUGCUCUCGUAUUUGAAGUCUGGAAGGAGCAAUACACAGAUUUCAGGGACGAUGCGAGCGCUAUCAUUGUUUGGCGCGUUCUGGGAGACGAGAUUGUCCUGCGAAAUCUAGAGGAUGCCGAGAUAGCUGCUGGUUAUGCGCAGCAGCUGUCAGGAGGUGCAGAACAACCUGAGGAACAGUCUCCGGGCGAGAGCAAAGACACUGUCGCCGAAGACGUCAUCAAAUUCUUGUCAGAAGUAGCCCUCGAACCCUACGAAGAAGAAUCAUGGGAGGUCCAGCCACCGUCUUCUACAGUGCCGUCGCCACCUUCGGCCCUCUCCUCGUCGCAUGUAUCUACCUCGCAUACCCUAUCUAGGAUGCAUUCGGACUUUCCAGCCGCGUAUGCAUCGAAAGACACCGGCAUCCCUUCGGUCAUGUCUUUGCUCUCCUCUCUGGCAUCUGGACAUUCAUCCAGGUCACAAUCACAGCCACCGCAUGCUGCCGAUCCGACCCCUACAUCAGAGAGCACAGUCACAGCCCCGGAGCACUCGACUGUACCCAGAGCAGUUGGUGCGGUCGUAGCUCUAGUGUCCGCAUUCAGCCAAACGGCAUUUGCAUCUUUCGCCGCUUUCGACGGCCACUUGGACUUGGCCGAACGACUGUACAAGACCCUCGUCUCACUUCUAGGAGCCCAGGUUCCCCCCCGGCUGAAGUUAGUCGUCUUGCAGCUCUGCAUGCGCCUUCGCGCGGAUCGCGAUCAUCGAUUGUAUUAUGCUACUCACGACUUUGACCAAGAUGGCCUGAUAGCUGCGUUGUCGUUAUUGAUCGGCCGCGGAGAGAAGCAGAAGGGAGAUAGCGCCGUAGACGACCGUCCCAUAGACGAGCUGGAGCUGCGGAAAGCCCGUGCUCGUCUACCUCAGCAGGAGCGCAUGGGGCGGAGACUUUCUCGUGGUCGGGGUGGACAACCGUCUGUUUCAGGAUCUAGCAGGAGCCGGUCGCGAGUUGCCUCAAGGCUGGUGCCUCCAACUGCGACUGUUUCUCGGCUCAAGCCAAGAGAGCCUAUCUGGUCGUAUCCCGAAACCAUUUCGUUUAUUGUCCCCGCGGAGGCAGAUACGCCAAGCUCGCGCUUCGCCUCCUAUGAUCCUAAUCAUCCCUUGGAGCGACGAGUACUACCACUGUCGUAUUUCCUAUCCCAGCUCGUAGAUCUCGUCAAGACCACGCGGGAUUGGGAUAUACUAUCAUACGUCCUGUGCCACCUUCCGUCUCAGCUGGCAAACAAACAUCUCUUCUGCGGCCCAAGAUCUGCCACAGUCGUCAAUGAUUUACUCCAAACUAUAUGCCAAGGCAUCCUCGACGACCAUUUUGCAUCGUCAAUUGAUCACUGGCCGGAAGGCAUCAUCGCACGGGAUGCGCAAGGAUUGGCGUAUCACACCCUUACCGUCUUGAUUAGCUACAAGCGCUGCUUCAAGGAUAUACAACAGCGGCACAUGCUCAUCGAGUCGUUCCUGGCAGGUUUGAACGGCUCACCGUCUACAAUCAAGUGCUGCCUCAAUGCGCUUUCUCUAUCCGCUUUUGAGCUCCAGCCGUCCAUGACAAAGUAUCUACCCCGGAUCCUCGAGAAGCUGUCGCAGAUUAUGUCCAACCCGACCAUGGCAGUCCACAUCAUCGACUUUCUUGUCAUCGUGGGAUCGCUGCCAGCGCUCUACAGCAACUUCACUGAAGGUGAUUACAAGAUGGUCUUUGGAGUCGCUCUGCAGUAUCUUCAGCACCAUAACCGCCCGGAGUCACAUCUGUCCAUCUCUUGGGCUCUCGCGCAGCAUGUGUGCAUCAUGUCGUACUAUAUCGUAUAUUUGUGGUUCCUUGC